CAAUAGUGAGUGGUGCACACUUUCUUCGCCCUGCCACGGAACAAAAAAAAAGUCCCAUUUGAGAGUUGCUGGUUUAACAAUAGGAAGAAUAUAUUCCACUCCUCUCUUAUACACGCGGCUUAUGAGAAGGAAGAACAAGGAGAGGAUAUUGCGCGUAAAAGUAAAGCCAACUAAUCACAGCUCUGCAGUCCUGGUCACCGUUGACGUGAGGUGGGACUAUUUUGGAGGUGCACGUCAAGGUUGGCUGAUGAACGCUCGUCAAAAAGAACAUCCCCUUCAGCAGCUGGAGGAUCCACAGCCCCCCCACAUUAAAGAGGAAGAGGAGGAAGUGUGGAUCACUCAGGAGGAAGAGUGUCUUCUAGGGCAGGAGGAGGCUGAUCUCACCCAGUUUCCACUGACUGUUGUCUCUGUGAAGACUGAAGAGCAUGAAGACAAACCACCUGAGUUCUCACAGCUUCAUCACAGUCCAACAGCUGUCAAAGAGGCAGCUACGACUUUUUUUGCUCCUCCAUGGCUUCCAUCCGAGACACUGGCGGUCACCGCAGCCCUCCGACUUUCAGACCUCCAGCAGCCCCUUCACAUUAAAGAGGAAGAGGAGGAUCCACAGCCCCCCCACAUUAAAGAGGAAGAGGAGGGAGAGUGUCUUCUAGGGCAGGAGGAGGCUGAUCUCAGCAAGUUUCCACUGACUGUUGUCUCUGUGAAGACUGAAGAGCAUGAAGACAAACCAGCUGAGUCCUCACAGCUUCAUCACAGUCCAAACGUCCAGCAGGUGUCAGCAGAGAGUCAUGAAGAGAUUCCCUCCAAGCAGCAGGAGUGGAGCUCCAGUGUGGGACAAAAGGAACUAAAGGCCCCCUCCCACAUUAAAGAGGAGCAGCUUCAUGAUGAAGAUGAAGCUCAGUCCUUACAGCUUCAUCACAGUCAAAGUGAGGAGAACAGAGGGGCGGAGCUUGUAAGUCAACACAUCACAGAAGCUGAUGGAGAGCAUUGUGAAGAUAUAAAGUCAGAACCAGACAGUAUCUUUGCUCCACUGUCAGACAUGGACCACAUGAUGUCAGACUCUUCUGAUCACAGUGACCACAUCCAAAAACCUUUGAAGAGUAAAAAUGACUCUAAAGGUGAUAAAAGACAUCACACUAACAACAAACACUUUGACUGCUCUGAAUGUGGGAAAUCAUUUAGACUCAAGAGUAAUUUCACAGUACACAUGAGAAUACAUACUGGAGAGAAACCUUUUCCUUGCUCUGUUUGUAAGAAAAGUUUCCCCACGAAGCGUGCCAUGACCAGACACAUGAGAACACAUACUGGAGAGAAACCUUUUACUUGCUCUGUUUGUAUGAAGAGUUUCUCCACAAAGCAACAAAUGACCACACACAUAAGAACACACACUGGAGAGAAACCUUUUGCUUGCUCUUUUUGUAGGAAGAGUUUCUCCGUGAAGCUUGCUAUGACCACACACAUGAGAACACACACUGGAGAGAAACCUUUUCCUUGCUCUGUUUGUAAGAAGCGUUUCUCCACAAAGCUCGUCAUGACCAGACACAUGAGAACACAUACUGGAGAGAAACCUUUUACUUGCUCUGUUUGUAAGAAGAGUUUCUCCAGAAAGGUUGACAUGACCACACACAUGAGAACACACACUGGAGAAAAACCUUUUCCGUGCUCAGUGUGUCCCAAAAAAUUCUCCAUAAAUGAGCAAAUGAAAAGACACAUGAGAACACACACUGGAGAGAAGCCUUUUACUUGCUCUGUUUGUAAGAAGAGUUUCUCCACAAAGCCUGACAUGUCCAUGCACAUGAGAACACAUACUGGUGAGAAACCUUUUACUUGCCCUGCUUGUAAGAAGAGUUUCUCCAGAAAGCGUAACAUGACCACACACAUGAGAACACAUACUGGAGAGACACCUUUUACUUGCUCUGUGUGUAAGAAGAAUUUCUCCAGAAAACUCACCAUGAUCAUACACAUGAGAAUACAUACUGGAGAGAAACCUUUCACUUGCUCUGUUUGUAAGAAAAGUUUCUCCAGAAAGUUUGACAUGACCACGCACAUGAGAACACAUACUGUAGAGAAACCUUUUACUUGCUCUGUUUGUAAGAAGAGUUUCUCCACAAACCUUGUCAUGACCAGACACAUGAGAACACAUACUGGAGAGAAACCUUUUACUUGCUCUGUUUGUAAGAAGAGUUUCUCCAGAAAGAUUGACAUGACCAUACACAUGAGAACACAUACUGGAGAGAAACCUUUUACUUGCCCUGUUUGUAAGAAGAGUUUCUCCAGAAAACAAUACAUCACCACACACAUGAGAACACACACUGGAGAGAAACCAUUUAGUUGCACUGUGUGUGAUAAGACAUUUAGGUUUAAGUAUCAGGUCAGUAAACACAAGUGUGUAACAGUCACGGAAGCUGCAGGGAUUUAAAAACACUUGAACAGUGAUCGUGCUAAAAGUAUUCUAAAAACACAGCAUGUUUAAUAUGAAUGUAUAUUUGAUGUUGUAUGAAGUGCUUCUCAUCUUUUACCGUUAUAUGUUGUCCUGUACUUAGUUUUUAGGUUGUGUUCAUAUAUUGAAUAUUAUACAAGUAGCUACUAUUGUAUUCUAUUUUCUCAUUGCUGAAGAGAGGACAUCUUAUUAUUUUCAUUUGUUGUUUUCCAUAAAUUUUCCACUGCAAUGUAUUGAUGUUAUUAUCCAAAUAAAAGUAUGAUUUAAUAAGUU